GACACCUGCGAUACCUGCCACAGCCACUGAAAGUCACAGCAAUCCAUCGACUUUCUCGGGUUUGGCGGCCUGUCUAACUGCCAAUGCACGCUGAGUCACGACCGGGCGCGGACUACUGCGCGCUGCAGCGAGUCAUAUGAUGGAGAUGGCAUGGGCAUUGCAACUGACUUGCUGCAUUGUCGCUCGCGCCACGUAUUAGCCUCUGCGCCUCGGUACGUGUCGAGCUUCAAGCGCAUAUAUAACACGCCAGCUGGGUCGCCCAAUUCAUAUCAUCACACCAAUUCAAAUUCAAAUUCAAUGUCACUCCUACAAUCCGUCUGGGGGAUCGCCACAGGCAUUUUCUCUCGUCUCUUUGAUGGGCUCUUGGGAAAACGGGAGAUGCGACUUCUGAUGCUCGGGCUCGACGGUGCUGGGAAGACCACCAUCUUGUACAAACUGAAGCUCGGGGAGAUCGUGAUAUCCAUCCCUACCAUCGGUUUCAAUGUCGAGACCCUCGACUACAAGAACGUAUCGCUCAACGUAUGGGAUAUCGGUGGCCAGGACAAGAUCCGCCACCUCUGGCGCUAUUACUACCAGAACGCUCAGGCCAUCAUCUUCGUGGUUGACUCCAGCGACCGCGACCGGAUAUCCAUCGCCCGAGAGGAAUUACACCAGAUGAUGAACGAAGACGAACUGCGUGAUGCGCUUCUGCUGGUUUACGCCAACAAGCAAGAUAUGCCGGACGCGAUGUCGACCGCUGAGAUGGCCGACAAGUUGGGGCUGUCGGGGCUGAGGCACAGGACAUGGUAUAUCCAGGCGACUUGUGCCAUGUCUGGAGAGGGGAUGUACGAAGGACUGGAAUGGCUCACGAAGAACAUCAAACGAAGUCUGAUUUGAGCGUAUUCAUCUUUCUGCGAAGUGUUAUGUACUGUUACAUGGAUGACAACUCAUCCUUCAGCUCAGGCUUUACCCAUACAAACAUCUUGCAAUUGCGAGUCAUGUACAUCAAUACCAUGUAGUCUAUACACUUGGCCUGGGUGAUGGGAGAA